UUUACUCUUGACGCCGGGCGGUUCACAAAGUUUCCGGUGGAGAAUUCGAGCUCUGAGCAGCUCGUUAUAGCUCAUAACUUGAUGCAAAUCGCCAUGAAGAGGCUGCAGAAAGAGUUCUACACUAUUUUAUCUGGAAAUCGCUACUUUCUGGAUCCCUCAACCAGGUGCUCUGGAGGAGGAUCAUCGACGAAAUCCAGUGUUUCAGAUUUGGGAGACGAUGCUUCCGAGGAAGAUGAAGACACAGUUGGUCGAGCCGCGGCGGCGAGAGUUCCCGACGCGGCGGUUGCGGAUUUGAAAGCCGUCGCGAAAUGCAGGAUCGGAGCUGGAUACGGAAAAGAGUGCAUGAAGAUUUACACCAUAAUCCGAAAAUCCAUCGUGGAUGAGACUCUGUAUUAUCUGGGAGUGGAAAACUCCAGCACUUCCCAGAUUCAGAAAAUGGAUUGGCAAACAUUGGACGAGAGAGUUAAGAAUUGGCUGUCUGCUGUGAAAAUCGUCGUGACAACUCUCUUCCUCGGAGAGAGGAUUCUCUGCAGCGAGGUUUUCUCGGCUUCCGACGACAUCAGAGAGUCGUGUUUCACGGAAAUCACAAAAGACGGCGCGAUGUCGGUGUUGGGAUUUGCGGAAUGCGUUGGGAAAUAUAAGAAGCUAUCCAUCGAGAAAAUGUUCUGUUUUUUGGAUCUUUACGAGGCAGUUUCGGAGCUAUGGCCGAAAAUUGAGUCCAUUUUCGACUUCACCUCCAUCGCGGCGGUGAGGUCUCAGGCAGUGAUGUCACUCCUAAAGCUCGGAGAAGCCAUUAGAGCGAUGCUUACGGAGUUUGAGACAGCGGUUCAGAAGGAUUCCUCGAAACCGCCGCCCGGCGGCGCCGUCCAUCCGCUCACUCGGUACGUGAUGAAUUACCUCGUUUUCCUCUCCGAUUACAGCGGCGAAGUUUCCGAAAUCGUCGCGGACUGGCCGUUGUCGACAAUCUCGCCGUUGCCGGAGGCGUACUUCUCGACUCCUCACCCCGACGACGACGAUUCCGGUGCCUCCGCCGUCUCCGAGCGCUUCGCAUGGAUCAAGAAUGCUGGAUCGGAGAACAUAUACAUAUAUGCGUUUAAGACCUGGAUCGAUCAUGGCUUCGAUGGCAGCUCUGGCAUGGGAAAUGCAGGCAGCUCAGGUUUUGGAAUUUCUGGGAAUUCAGGCUUUGGAAUGGAUGGCAGCUCCGGUUUUGGAAUUUCUGGCAAAGUUGGUAGCUCAGGUUUUGGAAUUUCUGGAAAGGUUGGUAUUUCAGGUUUAGGCAAUAUUUGA